AUGCUGGCGACAGCAAGUGUAACGGGAAGUGGAACACAGACGAAACUAUUUGACGAAUCGCCAUGCUCCCCAGUUUGGGUAUAUGAGUUCGAACAGCAGUCCAUUUCAUUCUCAGCAGUCAACAUUCUCUUCUCCAUCACAGCAAUUAUUGGGAAUUCUCUUAUCCUUGUUGCCCUUCAUAAGGAAUCUUCCCUCCAUCCGCCAUCCAAACUCUUGUAUCGUUGUCUGGCAACAACUGAUCUGUUGGUUGGUCUUAUUACCCAGCCUCUGUACGCUACCUAUUGGAUGUCCUUGGCUCAAGAGCACUGGAGUCUUUGUCGAUAUUCUUUUGAUGGAUGUGUUGUAACAGGCUAUGCAUUAUGUUCUGUGUCAUUGUCGACAGUGACGGCCAUCAGCGUGGACCGCCUUCUCGCUAUGUUGUUGGGACUGAGGUACAAAGAGAUUGUUACUUUGAGGCGCACGUAUGUCAUUUUAGCUAUCAUUUGGGUUGUAUCUCUAGUUGCUGGAUUAUUCUGUCAUCUCGAUGACCGUAUAACCGCUUGGUACAGCCUAAUAGGUGUAUUAUGUUGCCUAAUUAUCUCCAUCGCCUCGUACAUUAAGAUUUUUUGCGCUCUCAGUCAUCAUCAGGCUCAAGUGCAAGAUCACGUUCAACAACAGCCGAGCCAACGAAAUGCACUGAACAUUGCGCGAUACAGAAAGGCAGUGCACAGCGCACUGUGGGUGCAGUUAGCUUUAAUUGUUUGUUAUGUACCAUUUUUUAUAUCGAGAACUGUAAUUACUCUUACUAAAGAGCGAUUUCGAAAUUUCGUCAUAAUCCAUGAAAUGGCAGUUGUCUUAGUGUUAUUUAACUCUACUUUAAACCCGUUCCUUUACUGCUGGAAGAUAAGUGAGGUGAGGGGAGCUGUAAAGCAGACAAUCAGACAGGCAUUCUGCUAUGAAUAG